UCUUGUAAAAAUCUAUAAGUAAAAAAUAAGUGGAACAUUUCAGAAAUGACACAGGCAUGCUAACAUCAAAAGCGGCCGCUGACACCACUCGCAUCCUGGGAAAGUUGCUUGAUGGUUACGAUAAGAGGUUAAGGCCGGAUUUUGGAGGUAAAGUUGUUUUCAACCAUAAUUUUCAAGUUUGGCAGGUUCACAAGCAUGCGACUCCAAAUCUGGUCUCCAAUCUGGUCAACGUUACCCCAGGAUCCCGGUGUAAAGUCAACAUUUCCAUACACGUGUUGUCAAUGGUUCCUAUCAAAGAAAUUGACAUGAUACAGGAAGUAACUGUCGUGAUGUUCUUUCGUCAACACUGGAUAGACACGCGUCUGGCGUAUGGACCUUCUCUUGGAAUUCAGAAAAUAAAGCUGUUGGGGAACAUUGUCGACCAAGUGUGGCUGCCAGACAUAUAUUUUGUGAAUGAUUUGAGCGACAAAACGACUUGUGGGGAUUUUCUGUUUGAGGUCACUCAGGAAGGCAUUAUCACACACAGUUGCAGGUCUUUUAACGUUUGUUUUUGCUUCGGAAUGAUGUUCUCGCGUAUUUCUUACACUAUGGAUGAUAUUAUCUUGGACUGGCUUUCUGAUAAAAAAGGGUCCCUGCGUGUGUCACAUGACCUGAAGAUCCCACAGUAUACUCUAGUUGGCUGGGAACAAACCUCACAAGUUCAAGAGUAUAGCACAGAAGUUGUUUUAAUUGAAGCUUUAGUAACGACAAUCCACUCAUUUUAUUCCUCAGGUAAUUUCAGUUCAUUGUCAACAAAAUUUCUUCUACAAAGACAACUCGGUUAUUACGUUCUUCAAGAUUUCAUUCCAACUAUUCUCAUUGUGGCUCUAAGCUGGGUAGGUUUCUGGAUAGAUGAGCGUUCUGUGCCCGCCCGAGUCUCUCUCGGUAUCACCACAGUCCUAGCCAUAACAACACUCAUGUUUGGCAUCCAGUCCUCUUUACCGAGAGUUGGUCACGUGAAAGCGAUUGACGUCUACCUGUUGGGUAAUUUUCUAUUUGUGUUUGCUGCCCUGGUUGAAUUCGCCUUCAUUUGUUCCUGUACAAAAGUAUUUUCGCUAAACAAGGAUGAAAUAUCUAAUGAAAAACCCUUCCACUCGUCUGUGAGUCCGUCUGCGCAUGCGGCAUUCGAGGAAAGAGAUAAAACGGAAACAGGUUGCAAGGAGACUGGGAUUCUACAACGAGUCUUAAAUGAAACCAAACAGGACGAGCUUCAGGUAAGAAUUUUUCUUACGGCGUUUUCCAAAAUGACAGUCAGAUAGAGGUUAGCCUAAAUAAGAGAGAACUUUUGGCGGGGGCACUCCUAUUAGCUCACCGAAUUUGAGACAAGUGGACAUCCUCGUUCCCAAGUCGGGCUUUUCCCUAAGUAGGUUGGCAAGGAGGCAGAAGAGUUCUUCGGCUUUAUGGGUAUUGACUUUCAAUUUUCACCCAACCAAGUAAUUAAUUUUUCUGUGUAACUCCUGCUGAGACUUAUAUCAUCACGAAAAAAAAGUAAAAAGCAUGUGAUUGGCUUUGGUUUCAGGUCGCUUAACUUCAGUAAUGUAUUUUACUUUAGUAGUAUACACGACCCCACAAGCUUUGUAGCUUUAACUCUUAUCGUGUCAAAAUAAAGGUUUUAAGUUAUGUUAUGUUAUGUUAACGUCGAUCUUCCCGCGUCAACAGAGGUUUACUCAAGCCUCAGCAUUUCCCCUGUCUUCUCAUUUCUAACUUUCUGUUUACACCGCUGUUUUGCAGGUAAAGGAUUAUGAAGAUAGAAAUUAUAAUCCGUCCAUAAGCUUCGACACUGCAUUUCAUAAACCUCCAGCCGC